ACACCGCCCGCCACCACCACCACCACCACCACCACUUAGCUUAGUUAUGCAAGGCGCUCUCAUUAGGUCUACUUCCACCAUCCUACUCCGGCCACCGCCUCAGCCGCGGCGGAGCAGGACCACUCCUCAUGUAUUCUCCAUCCGAGCCUCCGCCCAAUCCGCCCCCAUUGCCGUCGCCGUCGACGAGAAGAAGCUCAACAAGUACAGCUCCCAAAUCACGGAGCCCAAGUCCCAGGGCGGCUCUCAGGCCAUUCUCCACGGAGUGGGGCUCUCCGAGGCCGACAUGACCAAGCCCCAGAUCGGCAUAUCCUCCGUCUGGUACGAGGGCAACACUUGCAACAUGCACCUGCUGGGCCUCUCGGAGGCCGUGAAGGAAGGCGUCCAAGAGGCCGGAAUGGUCGGCUUCCGGUUCAACACCGUCGGCGUCAGUGAUGCUAUCUCUAUGGGGACUAGGGGCAUGUGCUACAGCUUGCAGUCUAGGGAUUUGAUUGCUGAUAGCAUUGAGACUGUCAUGGGGGCUCAGUGGUAUGAUGGCAAUAUCUCCAUUCCUGGCUGUGACAAAAAUAUGCCAGGUACAAUUAUGGCAAUGGGCCGGCUUAACCGACCAAGUAUCAUGAUUUAUGGGGGAACUAUCAAGCCUGGGCAUUUCCAAGGCAAUACGUAUGACAUAGUAUCCGCCUUUCAGAUUUAUGGAGAGUAUGUAAGUGGAUCCAUAAGUGAUGAGCACAGAAAGAAUGUUGUUCGUAACUCCUGUCCGGGCGCUGGGGCUUGUGGUGGAAUGUAUACGGCUAAUACAAUGGCUUGUGCCAUUGAAGCUUUAGGAAUGUCUAUACCUUACAGCUCUUCUACACCGGCUGAAGAUCCAUUAAAGUUGGAUGAGUGCCGCUUGGCUGGGAAAUAUCUGCUGGAAUUAUUAAAAAUGGAUUUAAAACCGCGAGAUAUUAUUACUCCAAAGUCGCUACAUAAUGCUAUGGUUACUGUCAUGGCAUUGGGUGGAUCUACCAAUGCUGUGUUACACUUAAUUGCUAUUGCCAGGUCUGUGGGCCUGGACUUAACUCUAGAUGAUUUUCAGAGAGUUAGCGAUAAGGUUCCAUUUCUUGCAGAUCUUAAGCCUAGUGGCAAGUAUGUCAUGGAGGAUGUACACAAGAUUGGAGGAACACCAGCCGUGCUUCGCUACCUAUUGGAGAAUGGACUUUUACAUGGGGAUUGUAUAACUGUAACCGGGAGGACACUGGCUGAGAAUGCCAAAAGCUUCCUUCCUUUGUCUACCGGGCAGGAUAUAAUCAGACCCUUGGAAAAUCCUAUCAAGAAAACAGGUCACCUCCAAGUAUUAUAUGGAAAUCUUGCACCAAAGGGUUCUGUAGCAAAGAUUACAGGGAAAGAAGGGCUAUACUUCUCUGGUCCAGCACUUGUCUUUGAAGGGGAGGAGGCUAUGAUUGCAGCUAUCACAGAGAAUCCAAUGAAUUUCAAGGGAAAAGUAGUUGUUAUUAGAGGAGAGGGUCCGAAGGGAGGACCAGGCAUGCCUGAAAUGUUAACACCUACCAGUGCAAUAAUGGGUGCAGGUCUUGGGAAGGAAACAGCAUUGUUGACCGAUGGUAGAUUUUCAGGAGGUUCACAUGGAUUUGUUGUUGGCCACAUAUGUCCUGAAGCACAGGAAGGUGGUCCUAUUGGAUUAAUUGAAAACGGGGACAUCAUCACCGUUGAUGUCGAAAAGAGAAGAUUGGAUGUUCAGUUAACAGAUCAAGAGAUGGACACUCGAAGAAAGAACUGGGUUGCACCUCCAUACAAGGCUAACCGUGGAAUUUUGUACAAGUAUAUCAAGAAUGUACAAUCAGCUUCAAAUGGAUGCGUGACGGAUGAGUAGUGGAGAUUGGAGAGGCAUUUUCUAUCAAAAAUUGCAGUCAGCUUCACAUGUACGUGUCACAGUCUCGCAGAUGAGUAGUGGAGAUUGGAGGAAACGACUUGGUAUAGAGAUGGCAUGAAUAUGCACCAGUGCGGCUCUUUAGGAUGUCCAUUCGGGUAUUUGUUCUUUUGGAACUAGGCUUUUUUUCACUUUUGUUUUUAUUGUAUUUUCAUCCAUUUGAUUCGUCGACUGUAAAACAGAGUUGUUGGGUUAAUAAAAUUCUCAAUGGGCUUGCUUAAA